CACCAGAAAACGGGGGACCUAUAUGCUGUGAAGGUGUUCAACAACCUCAGUUUCCUGCGACCACUCGACGUCCAAAUGAGAGAGUUUGAGGUCCUGAAGAAACUCAACCAUAAGAACAUCGUCAAGCUGUUCGCUGUGGAGGAGGAGUCCAACACCCGUCACAAGGUGUUGGUGAUGGAGUAUUGUCCCUGUGGGAGCCUGUAUACGGUGCUGGAGGAGUCUUCUAACGCCUACGGACUCCCUGAGGAUGAGUUCCUUAUCGUGCUUCAGGACGUGGGUAAGAACUGG